AUGUAUCGGCCGUAUGUCCCGGACGGGAAAGCAAAGAGGCACAACCGCAUGGACUAUCUAAAUCUGAGGCUACGCAGCUUGCGCAGCCAGCUAAUGAUCACGGCGGGACAUCGCAACGAGGAGCUGAACCUAAAGUACAGGACCAUUGUCCGCGAGCUCUGGGUGUAUGGAAAGCUCUUUCUAAUACAUUUGUUUUUAAAUCUGGCGUUGGUGAACCGGCUCCUGUACUACAACGGGGAAUCCAUCACGAACCUAAUGAUGUAUAACCACACCAAUUCGAUUGGACUGAGUCACGUGCUAUUUUUGCAUCAGCUGUAUCCCUUCAUCGAGCAAACGCUGAUCAAUGGCUUCUCGUCAAAUGAUCCUCAUCUUGUGACGCACUGGAACCAUGUAAACAGCACUAAGCUGCUGGGCGUAGUACGAAUGCGGUUGCUACGGGACACUGGAGAACAAUACGGCCUAAAAGAUCCGGAAUACACUGAAAAGCAAUAUACCGACGGCUGGAGCUUACCGCAUAUACGAGAGCCCUACACCGAUAAGUACUGGUCUAUUUUUUUACCUUGGUUACCGAUGACCCAAAUCGGUGGUUUCUGGGAGAGAUGUUUCCUUAGCGUUAGACAGUACGGAUACUAUUCCAGCUAUCCUGAGCUGAAGGGCUACGUAACUACGCUUCGAAAAAAGAGGGAUGACAGCUUAAAAGUGCUCACAUAUCUGCACAAAAACAAUUGGAUCGACGACAGGACCGCGGCUGUCUUCUUAGACUUCACGCUGUACAAUGUGGAUGCGAAUAUGUUCAGUGUGUGCAGCAUUCGGUGUGAGAACUUGCCUUUCGGCAUUAUUCGAAGCAGCUUGAAUGUCAAUAGUGUUUCUUUGACGGAGACGGUGGAGACCCUUCCAUGGGUGGGCAUGAUUUGUUUGCUCAUCUACGUGCUUAUCUGGCUGGAGCUAGGUAUAACAGUGAUUGUGCCCUUGUGGUUCGAGCCUAAGCUAUUGAAGAGAUUCUGGGUCAAAAUAGACCUCCUGAUCCUGGCACUCAGCAUAACAGUUGUGACCUUGAUGGUUUUAAGGGAAGGCAUUGUGUCCAAGCUACUAGCUGUACUAGAGGUGGCCAGUACGCAUGAUUUCAUUGACUUUCGGAUACCGGCGCGCCUAACCGAGUUUACCGUCAUGCUAAUGGGCUUUCUCGUCUGCCUAGUCACCUUGCGUCUGUGGAAGGUCAUGCAGUUUGCCAGCAUCUUUCAGAUCUUUACGAUGACCCUCGCCUUAGCCUGGAAAGCCCUGUUCAGCACGGCCUGUGUGAUCUGCAUCUUUAUGAUGGCAUUCGGCAUUGCUACGGUCUCCAUCAAUGGCAACAACAACGAGCACUUUAGGAGCCUGCUUCACGGCAUGGCUACCGUCAUGUGCUUCUCUUUUGGCUUCACUAGCCACGUCGAGCCGAAAGAGCUCUUUCACGGCGGCAUAUUUAUGGGCCUUCUGAUCUACGGCAUAAUGGCCUUUACCGUCUCCAUCCUGCUAACAAACGUGUUCGUGUCGAUACUCAACAACUACUUUACCGCAGCCAAAGCAAUCCGAGAUCGUAACCGUACAGAACAGAUAACAUUCUGGGAGUUCCUUCGCGUCGAGUAUGCGGACAUUAUCAGGGUCACACGGGAAGCAUUUGGGUGUGAGAAGAAGUACAGGCGCAAGAAGCGCACCGUGGCCGAGAACAUCCAGCGCAAGCUGGAUCUUCAGGCUGCUGCUGUUGCUUCAGUCCGUACCAAGAGAGGAAGAAGCUAUAGAAUUCCAUCCAAGGGGAGAACGGGGAACGUGACGGACGACCAAGAAGAGGAAUAUGAGCGCAAGGCGCAGGCCCAGCAGAAGGCUCGUAUUGCAAGGACCUACACGAUAGCAGCCAUUCUCCAGACCCAGAUGGAAAUAGCUGAGCGUAAACUUUUCGGUGACAAGGAAGGAAAUCUCCGCUCUGGGUCUGAGGAUGAGGACGACGCCGGGCAGGAGCAGAAUCUUCCAAGACAAUACGUAUAA